AGAUGACAUCUGGAAGCAGCUGAAGCUGUCAGGCUUCAUGUCUCCAUCCUCCCCUGAGGGAGGACAAGAAGAUGAGUGUCACCAAUCAUCACUCCUUCAACAUCCUGACCAUCAUCUUCCUCGUUCUGUCUACUACAGCUCUCUCUGCUCACUUUCGGGUGUGCGAGCCUUACACCGAUCACAAGGGGCGCUACCACUUUGGAUUCCACUGUCCUCGUCUCUCGGACAACAAGACGUACAUGUUCUGCUGUCACCAUAACAACACAGCAUUCAAGUACUGCUGCAACGAGACCGAGUUUCAAACAGUCAUGCAGGUCAACCUGACCACAUCUCCAGACGGCUAUGCUCACAACAAUUACUCUGCAUUAAUUGGCGUGUGGAUCUACGGAUUCUUCGUUAUGGUGCUGCUAGCGCUAGAUUUUCUGUAUUACUCGGCCAUGAACUACGAGGUGUGCCGGGUUUAUCUGGAGAAGUGUGGGUUGGGCGGCCGUUGGCUGAAACAGGCCCGUGGUCAGUGUCACAGCGACGGACAGGAGGAGAGGGACGGACGGCCCGCUCAACCCGCAGCUCCGCCAGAACCUCAAGAGCAACAUCAUGAACACAGCUGCAGUCAGAUCAGACACAGCCUGAUGGGAGACACACAGAGCCCAGCACAGACCGCACACAACACCACAACAGCCUGAGACUGACCAAAUGCAAGGACCAACUGUUGGAGUCCCCCGGUGAGGAAGUGCAUUGUGGGAAGUGUAGUACAUGCCCCUGCCACAUGGACCUACAUGUCACAGGGGCCCAUUGGCCCCAAGCCUCUCGAUGUGGCCCAAAUCUCACAGAGCACAACUUCAACCCCUCGACAAACCCAGAACCUCAACUCAGAGCCAACUGGAAAUGGUCCAGUGGUGGAACGAGGUUCUGAAGAGCAGCUGUACUGAGAUUUGUGCAACUCCAGAACCAGACUUCAAACCAAACUGGACUUGAAUAGACACAGAACUCACCCAAGACUUCUUUGGAGGACCUAUGUAGCAGUUUCUGCACCGUUUUGUGAGCUGUUCUGGAUUAAACUCUCUGUAACUGUGCAGUGUUGGUUUAUUUAUUCGUAGUGAGGGAAAACGUUGAGUGAUGAAUGAAGACGUCAAACAUCAUUUAAAAGAUCCAAGCACUCUCAUGACUCAGUACUAGAAGUUUAAUGACCUUUUUGCGUAAAUAUCAAAACUCACAUGUCGUGGGUAAUUUUGCGGUGAAGAUGUGAAAUAGUAUGGUGAAUGUCUGUUUUUGACUACUGUUGUGAUUUGACACUUUCUCAUCUGUAAGAAUCAGUGAGGUAGCAAAUUGUGUUUUAAAUGCAUUUUUUUUUAUCACCCCCCACAUUUUGUUUCAUGCCCUGUAGAGUUCAUUGUGUAUGUUUGUCAGGGUGUUUUGAGACCUGAAGAGGUUUUGUUCAGCAGUACGCACUCUAUUAUUGAUAUUGAUCGGUUGAGUUCAUUUAGACUUUAGUUUCUGAGUGAAAUGCCAAAAUAAAAACAUGAUUGCACACUCCAUUGAACAUGACAAAGCAGACAGUCACACUCUUACAGAAAGGUCAGCAAAGAGGAUUUUUUUUUAAAUGGCCUUUGUUUACCUUAGCUCUGUAAGGAAGGCGUUACCCAGCUAACAAUGUUCUAAGAAUGUUAUGCUAGCGUUCCCAUUAACAUGUUAUUUCUGCAUAUUAUCUGAACAUUCAAAAUGUAAAGUUUUUCAAAUAUUUUAACAAUGUUACCAUGUUAUGUGAACAUUAAGGGAAUAUUCCAUUUUAUAAUUUUCCACACAUUAUUUAAAAAUA